CCUGUUGCAUGGAGAGUCUGGUGUUUUUCCACUCUCUCCGAUAUUACCCAUAUGAGAGAGAGAGAGAGAGAGAGAGAGAGAGAGAGAGAGGAUUAUUUGUAGUUGCCUUGCCGAUUGCGCGCGUACGCAAACACACACCGGCACAAAGAAACGUCGGGACAAGAAGAGACUGAGCACUAAAUCAACGGCACAGGAUUAUGAUGUCCUUCUUCUGAGCUGAACUUCAGCCUGGUUUUGACUCUGGUUAACUUGCAGAAGCCUUGUGUUUUCCUGCCUUGGAUUAACCGUUGCCUGCUUCUACAGCCGUGUCAUUUUGCCUCGAUCUCACGGUAUAAAACCAGUCCAAUAUGUCGACCAUCAGCCACCAUCAGGUCACCAUGGCUGAUAUGGCACAGAAAGAAAAGUUGCAGUGUCUGAAGGAUUUCCAUAAGGACACGCUAAAGCCAUCUCCGGGUAAAAGUCCAGGCACGAGGCCAGAGGACGAGGCAGAGGGAAAACCUCCACAGAGGGAGAAAUGGGCCAGCAAACUGGACUUCCUGCUCUCUGUAGCUGGUGGUUUUGUUGGAUUGGGGAACGUUUGGCGUUUCCCGUACCUCUGCUACAAGAACGGUGGAGGUGCAUUUCUCAUCCCAUAUUUCAUCUUCCUGUUUGGUGGAGGACUUCCCGUGUUCUUCCUAGAGGUGGCACUGGGCCAGUUUACCUCAGAAGGAGGGAUCACUUGCUGGGAGAAACUCUGCCCCAUCUUCACUGGAAUUGGCUAUGCAUCCAUUGUGAUCGUAUCCCUGCUGAACAUCUACUACAUUGUGAUCCUUGCUUGGGGUUUGUAUUACCUGCUGCAGUGUUUGCAGAGAGAGCUGCCGUGGGCGCGCUGCCGCCACAGCUGGAACACCCCCAACUGUGUGGAGGACACCAUCCGCAAGAACAAAACCCUCUGGCUGUCGGCUAACAUCACCAACUUCACCUCACCCGUGACUGAGUUCUGGGAGCGUAACGUGCUCAGUUUGUCGUCUGGGAUUGAUGAGGUGGGUGAGCUAAAGUGGGAUCUGGCCCUCUGUCUGCUCGCCGUCUGGGUCAUCUGCUUCUUCUGCAUCUGGAAAGGAGUGAAAUCCACUGGCAAAGUGGUGUAUUUCACUGCUACCUUUCCGUUCCUCAUGCUUAUUGUGCUGUUGGUGCGAGGUGUGACUCUGCCCGGUGCUGCUGAGGGCAUCAAGUUCUACCUGUACCCUGAUCUAAGCCGCCUCCAAGACCCUGAGGUGUGGAUCGAUGCAGGGACUCAGAUCUUCUUCUCUUAUGCUAUUUGUCUUGGUGCAAUGACUUCACUAGGAAGCUAUAAUAAAUAUAAAUAUAAUUGCUAUAGGGACUGCUUACUGUUGGGAUGCCUGAACAGCGGGACCAGCUUUGUGUCCGGGUUUGCCAUUUUCUCCAUCCUGGGUUUCAUGGCGCAGGAGCAGGGCGUGGCCAUCGCCGAUGUAGCUGAGUCAGGUCCCGGACUUGCUUUCAUUGCAUAUCCAAAGGCAGUCACUAUGAUGCCACUGCCCACUUUUUGGGCUAUACUCUUCUUCAUCAUGCUUCUGCUGCUGGGCCUCGACAGUCAGUUUGUAGAAGUGGAGGGUCAGAUCACUUCCUUGGUGGACCUGUACCCAUCCCUCCUAAGGAAGGGAUACCGGAGAGAGAUCUUCAUCGCUGUCAUCUGUGUUAUCAGUUAUUUGGUGGGACUCACCAUGGUCACUAAUGGUGGCAUGUAUGUGUUCCAGCUGUUUGAUUACUAUGCAGCCAGCGGUGUGUGCCUUCUCUGGGUUGCAUUCUUUGAAUGUGUGGCAGUAGCCUGGGUUUAUGGCGCUGAUAAUUUCUACGAUGCUAUUGAGGAGAUGAUUGGCUACAGACCAAACAGUUGGAUGAAAUGGAGCUGGAUGUUGAUCACUCCCGUGCUGUGUGUGGGCUGUUUCGUGUUUUCGCUGGUUAAAUACAAACCCCUCACUUAUAACAAAGUGUACGAGUAUCCUGAUUGGUCCAUCGGAAUUGGUUGGUGUCUGGCACUGGCCUCCAUGAUUUGCAUCCCCAUGGUGGUGGUGGUGAAAAUCAUCCAAUCUGAUGGCUCGCUGAUUGAGCGGAUCAAAGCCGUGGCGGCGCCGGUGAAAGGAGCAAGCUCUCGUCCGAAAGAGUGCGUCCUGAAGAACAGUGAGCUGCUCCACCCGCUCGACCCUAACGGCACUUACGCCCUCACCAGACACACCCACACCAUCGUAGAAACUACAAUGUGAGACUCUCUAUGAGAGAAGCGUGUUCCCUCACCUCCUCCUCUUUUCUCUCCUUCACUCUGAUCAGACUGCUUCAUAGUGUGUUCUAGUCGUAUUUUUACACGGGGAGGUCGGAAAUAAUCAUUUACACUCCCAAUACUAUCCUUUGCUGUUUAGGAAAUUUUCUAAUCAUUAUUAUCUUCAUCAUCAUCAUCAUUAUUAUUAUUAUUAUUAUUAUUAUUGUGGUAUUGUUGUUAUUAUGAGAUCACUGUAAUCGUUGCUAGUAACGCUAAGAUUUGUUGAGGUUGAGGUGAGAGAGACGCCGCCUCGUCCUAGGAACUGUGAAAGUUGUUUAGGAGGACGUUUGAGCCUUUUAUUUAAAAAGAGAAAUAACAAAGACAGCGGCGAAGUAAAAGUGGAUUGAUUUUUUUUUUUAGCUCCACUAAUCAGCAGGUGUAUAAGUGACAGUUUGUGGCAGUGACCCUUAUUGUACAGUGAGGUUUCCUGUACAGCGUUCUUCGUCUUGAUGAAGCUGAAUGUACCUCCGCAUUGUGCGGAAGCUCUGCACUGCUUACACACACACACACGCACAGAUAUUUGAUUUAUUGGAGAGGGUUACGUCCUCAAGUGUGUGCACAUUUUUCCCAGUGGUGCCCUUUUUAAAACCCUUUGUGCACUUUAGUAAUCACUGCCAGAUCACACACACAUACACAUACACACACACACACACACACACACACACACACACACACACACACAAACACAGUAUAUAUACACACACACAGCCAUCGUGUUGCUCUAAUAACGUAGGCAGCUGUGCUUUUUAUAUAUGCUAAGUAUCUCAUGCUGCUCUUCUCAUUUAAGAGAGGAGAUUUAAAAUCGAUUUCUUUUUUUAAUUAGAAAAAAAAAAAAAAAAAUUCAGGGUUGCCUGAUCAUCCUACUGCUGAGUCCGAGGGUAAAUUGUUUACCCGUAGUCCAGCAAUAACCGUCCCUCCUUUUAAUGCCUUUCAGAAAGCAAGACACCUUUUCAUCCGAUUCAUUUGUUUGUUCGUUGUUCUUUCUCCUUGCCGUUUGUUCACAAAGAAAACUCCGGAUUUACUCCAGACAGCCUCGUGUCCUGUGUAAUUAUCACGCACUGCCAGUCAAAAACCUAGAAAAUGCCUCUGUCUGAGUUUCAACGCAAUUUAAUUGUAGUUAUACCCUGUUCAUGAAAAUCCUCAUUUCUGAUUGGCUGGAACAGUCAAUGAUACAAUGAAGUUCAUUAAUAAAGCUCCAGAACAUCUCCACUGGAACACGUUCUACUAAAAGAUUUGUAUUACCUAAUUUUGUCUGUACUGCUGCUGAUGAUGAUGAUGAUGAUGGUGAUGAUGAUGGCAAAGUCCACAUGUUCAGUUCAUCUUCUACAAACGGUUCAGAAUGAGGUCGUGUGGAUGGAGCAGGAGACUCUUCAUCCUAGGAGAGAGAAGUGUUAAUGGUGGUCAGUCAGAUAAAAGGACUGGAAUAGCAUGUGUCAUCCCAAGAGGUGGCUUUUAAUUCAGUGUGUCAGCGUAUGAAAGUUUUUAGAGCUAUUAAGAACUUUAAAUAUGUAAAUUUUUAUUUAUGUGUAUUUCUUUCUAACUCUCGUCUUGGUAUCUGACUACAAAGAUUUAACAAUCAGGUAGAUUAACAAAUGGAGAAGUAAUAAACACACUGUACCACAUAAGAAAGAAAGAAAGAAAGAAAGAAAGAAAGAAAGAAGGGGGAAGGGAGGGAGGAAGGAGGAGAGAGAGAGAGAGAGAGUGUAAGGAAGGAAGGAAGAAAGAAAGAAAGGGAGGGAGGGAUGGAGGGAGGAAGGAGGAGAGAGAGAGUGGCAGAGUGUAAUGAAGGAACAAAGAAGAGAGGGGGAGGAAGAGAGGGAGAGGCAGAGUAUAAGAAAGAAAGAAAGAAAGAAAGAAAGAAAAAAAGAAAGGGAGGGAGGAAGAGAGAGUGGGGAGAGAAAGAAAGAAAGAAAGAAAGAAAGAAAGAAAGAAAGAAAGAAAGAAAGAAAGAAAGAAAGAGAAAGGGAGGGAGGAAGAGAGAGUGGGGAGAGAAAGAAAGAAAGAAAGAAAGAAAGAAAGAGAAAGAAAGAAAGAAAGAAAGAAAGAAAAAGCAUGUUACAGCUAAUCUGAAUGUCACUUUGAUUAAGGUGUUAAAUAGAUGGAUAUAAACCUGAACAGUUUCAUCAUCAUCAUCAUCAUCAUCAAAGUCCAGUCAAGUCAAGAAGCUUUUAUUAUCAUUUCAGCCAUACUGUAUAUAGCUGACACAGUGCACAGUGAAAUGAAGAGUUUCUCCAGGACCAUGGAGCUACACAGAACAACACAGAGCUAAGUCCAAGCCACAAAAAAGUGCAACAUGUGCAGAGUAAAGACAAACAAUACCAAACACUACAAGACCAAUACACAAAAUACACAGGAUACACAGGAUAGUGCUGACCAGUGUGCAUACUGUAUAUUAUAAAGUACAUUAUCACGACAGAGACAAGCUUGCAAACACUCCGAGAAAACAACACAAAAGUGUUUCAUUAACCUAACAACAAGAAAUCCAGCCAAAAAUACAGAAGUGAGUGAAUUCAUCUCUGAUUAUUUCCCUGUUGAUGAUCAGUCGAGACAAUCGAGAGACGACGUUUGAGGCUCGGGUUUAAAUUUUUCCCUCAGGCGAUUAAACAGAAUUUUUUUCCAACUCAUUGUGAACUAAGAAUUUGGCCAAAAAAAAAAGUAAUUAAUGUCAUAUUUCCAUCAGUUGAAUUAUAUUUUAUAUAUCAGGUGUUCAGGAGUCUUUGACUGGCAGUGAACACGCUCACGAGUAUUCCUUCUCCCAUCAUCUUUGCCUUUUCGAAUCAGCCAUUUUCUAUGGUGCAAAAUCGUGAACCUUCAGUGAUUCGCCUCGAUUUUUUUCUGAACGUAUUCAUACAUUUCUAUCUAAACGUUAGCCUAAACUUGCAGUGUGCAAUAUCUGUAAACAAGUGGUUUUGUCUGUUUUUUAUUAUUAUUAUUAUUAUUAUUAUUAUUAUUAUUAUUAUUAUUGUUAUUAUCAUUUUCAGCUCGAUACAUGUAAUAAAAUGAACAAUUUAAACCAGCGUUUAAAAAAAAAACAAAAAAAAAACAUUCAAACAAAUACAAUAUACUGUAACUGGAUUUGAUUCAAUAAACCGAAACAUUUUGUGUAACCAAAGUAGCUUUGUUAUGAACUUGUUUCGAGAUGCAUAUUGCAUCAUUUAGAUAUUAAAUAAAAAGUUUUUUUCCUCUG